AAAUGUAAACAGUUGGCUAAGGAUCACGCCCGGCAUUUGUCAUCCGCCUUUUUAUAGACAUGAAUUCAUAAUUUUAGCUCAGAAGUAACUAAGAAUUCGUUUUUGUCUUGAAUCAAACACGUUUAUUGCCGACCACCAGUUUUUCAUAAAUAAUUACAAAGAUGUCGUCCCAGUCAUUUGAACAAACAACAGAGCAGGUGUUGUUGGAACCAUACAAAUACAUCUGUCAAAUUCCUGGUAAGAAAGUCAGGAGCAAACUAGCAGAGGCAUUCAACCACUGGCUCAACAUUCCAUCGGAAAAACUAGCUGUUAUAGGGGAGGCAACUCAGAUGUUACACAACGCAAGUUUAUUAAUAGACGAUAUAGAAGACAGUUCUAAACUAAGAAGAGGCAUUCCAGUUGCACACAGUAUAUACGGUGUACCACACACGAUCAAUUCUGCCAACUAUGUAUAUUUCCUAGGACUGGAGAAGGUAUUAAAGCUGGAACAUCCAGAAGCCACGAAGGUCUUUACAGAACAGCUGCUAGAACUCCACCGUGGUCAGGGGAUGGAUAUCUACUGGAGGGAUGCUAUUAUCUGUCCGACAGAGGACGAGUACAAAGCCAUGGUUACCAAAAAGACAGGUGGACUAUUUGGACUGGCUGUGCGACUGAUGCAGCUGUUUAGUGAUAACAAAAGUGACCUCAAACCAGUAUUAGAUGCCUUGGGUCUUUAUUUUCAAAUCAGAGAUGAUUAUGCCAAUCUGAUAUCCAAGGAGUAUGAAGCCAAUAAAAGUUACUGUGAGGACCUGACGGAGGGUAAAUUCUCAUUUCCCAUCAUCCAUGGCAUCAGAUCUAGUCCAGACAACAACCAAGUCCUUAGCAUAUUACGACAGAAAACAACUGAUAAUGACGUGAAAAAAUACUGCGUGGAAGUUCUAGAAAAGUUGGGAUCUUUUGUUUACACCAGAAAGACCCUUGAAGAACUGGAAGAAAGACUACUGAAUCUGAUAGAGGAGCAAGGAGGAAAUCCAAUUCUUGUCAGCCUUAUAAGUGAACUGAGGAAGGUGUACAGAAAUGGACAAUGAGUAAACUUUGAACAUAAUGGACUUGUGCAAUCUCAGUGUAUCUGUAAUGUGUUGUCAGAAGCCAAAAGUGCGUCUACUAACUGAUCUUUUACAACGGGCUUUAGUGAAAUUGUCUCUUUUUUUUGGUUCAAUAUUUUGUUUUUAAAACAGAGGUUGAGGUCUCACUUCAUCAAAGAUUAGUAAAGCAAACAUUUUUUACCCCAGUUUAGAGUUACUUCCCUUGAUAAGGUAUCGCGUUUUUAUAAGGAAAGAUGGUGCCUUCUAUAUCUGUGCAUUAUAUUUUUUUUCUUUAUGCACUGUGCAUUUAAAUUUCAAUCAACUGUGUUAUUAUAUUAAAUACAUCGGAAAUUGUUUUUACACACAUAAAUGUGUAAAUAUACCUUCAAAAUGACAAAAAUUGGUUAAAUAUAUCUUGAUAAUGACAAAUAUAUUUAAUAAUAGGGACAAUGGUAAUGUUUUAACUUUUGAUUGCCAAUAUCAGUACAGUAAUGAAAGGUAUUAUAACAUCACUAGAUCUGUUUGUCUUUAACAAGUCUGCCCCAUUGUCCAAACCGUUAAGACUACACGAAAUGAAAGCUGUUGGCUGUAAUAGGAUUAUAAACUAGUUAACAGGGUUUGGGAUUAUAAAUUGAUGGUUGGCAAAAUCUUAGAUUCUUCAUUUGAUGAACAAUAAUUUUUGUUGUCUCUAUUAAAUGCUUGGCUUACAGAGUAGUCUUCCUCUAAACAUCUAUUAUUACAGUGGUUAUAAGAAGGGCCUUGCGUUAGUGGAUUACGACGAUGAAUUGACUUUGUGUACUGGUGCACCUCAGCAUUUAUGUGUAGUGGAACAAAUAUUUAUUAUUGAUCUCAGUGCUGUUAGAAUGCUCAGUUUGUUGUAAUUCAGUCUUCUUUACAAAGUUGAUCAUUUAUAAACAUGACAAGUUACAAAUAGGUAUGGUAAUACUAAAUCUGUAUGUAUGACAUAGGUAAUCACAUUGUAGGAGGUAUACCUGUGUAUGGUAUUACUAAAUCUGUAUGUAUGACAUAGGUAAUCACACUGUAGGAGGUAUACCUGUGUAUGGUAUUACUAAAUCUGUAUGUAUGAUAUAGGUAAUCACAUUGUAGGAGGUAUACCUGUGUAUGGUAAUACUAAAUCUGUAUGUAUGACAGGUAAUCACAUUGUAGAGGUAUACUUGUUAUGUAUGGUAAUACUUAAUCUGUAUGUAUGAUAUAGGUAAUCACAUAGUAGGAGGUAUACUUGUGUAUGGUAAUACUAAAUCUGUAUGUAUGAUAUAGGUAAUCACAUUGCAGGAGGUAUACUUGUGUAUGGUAAUACUAAAUCUGUAUGUAUGAUAUAGAUAAUCACAUUGUAGGAGGUAUACCUGUGUAUGGUAAUACUAAAUCUGUAUGUAUGAUAUAGGUAAUCACAUUGUAGGAGGUAUACCUGUGUAUGGUAAUACUAAAUCUGUAUGUAUGAUAUAGGUAAUCGCAUUGAAGGAGGUAUACUUGUGUAUGGUAAUACUUAAUCUGUAUGUAUGAUACAGGUAAUCAUAUUGAAGAGGUAUACUUGUGUAUGGUAAUACUAAAUCUGUAUGUAUGAUAUAGGUAAUCACAUUGUAGGAGGUAUACUUGUGUAUGGUAAUACUAAAUCUGUAUGUAUGAUAUAGGUAAUCACAUAGUAGGAGGUAUACCUGUGUAUGGUAUUACUAAAUCUGUAUGUAUGAUAUAGGUAAUCACACUGUAGGAGGUAUACCUGUGUAUGGUAAUACUAAAUCUGUAUGUAUGACAUAAGUAAUCACAUUGUAGGAGGUAUACCUGUGUAUGGUAAUACUAAAUCUGUAUGUAUGAUAUAGGUAAUCACAUUGUAGGAGGUAUACCUGUGUAUGGUAAUACUUAAUCUGUAUGUAUGAUAUAGGUAAUCACAUAGUAGGAGGUAUACCUGUGUAUGGUAAUACUAAAUCUGUAUGUAUGACAUAAGUAAUCACACUGUAGGAGGUAUACCUGUGUAUGGUAAUACUAAAUCUGUAUGUAUGACAUAGGUAAUCACAUUGUAGGAGGUAUACCUGUGUAUGGUAAUACUAAAUCUGUAUGUAUGAUAUAGGUAAUCACAUUGUAGAGGUAUACUUGUGUAUGGUAAUACUAAAUCUGUAUGUAUGAUAUAGGUAAUCACAUUGUAGGAGGUAUACCUGUGUAUGGUAAUACUUAAUCUGUAUGUAUGAUAUAGGUAAUCACAUUGUAGGAGGUAUACUUGUGUAUGGUAAUACUAAAUCUGUAUGUAUGACAUAAGUAAUCACAUUGUAGGAGGUAUACCUGUGUAUGGUAAUACUAAAUCUGUAUGUAUGAUAUAGGUAAUCACAUUGUAGGAGGUAUACUUGUGUAUGGUAAUACUAAAUCUGUAUGUAUGAUAUAGGUAAUCACAUUGUAGGAGGUAUACUUGUGUAUGGUAAUACUAAAUCUGUAUGUAUAACAUAGAUAAUCACAUUGUUGGAGGUAUACUUGAUAUGUAUGGUAAUACUAAAUCUGUAUGUAUGAUAUAAGUAAUCACAUUGUAGGAGAUAAACUUGUGUAUGGUAAUACUAAAUCUGUAUGUAUGAUAUAGAUAAUCACAUUGUAGGAGAUAUACUUGUGUAUGGUAAUACUAAAUCUGUAUGUAUGAUAUAGGUAAUCACAUUGUAGGAGGUAUACCUGUGUAUGGUAAUACUUAAUCUGUAUGUAUGAUAUAGGUAAUCACAUUGUAGGAGGUAUACUUGUGUAUGGUAAUACUAAAUCUGUAUGUAUGACAUAAGUAAUCACAUUGUAGGAGGUAUACCUGUGUAUGGUAAUACUAAAUCUGUAUGUAUGAUAUAGGUAAUCACAUUGUAGGAGGUAUACUUGUGUAUGGUAAUACUAAAUCUGUAUGUAUGACAUAGGUAAUCACAUUGUAGGAGGUAUACCUGUGUAUGGUAAUACUAAAUCUGUAUGUAUGACAUAGGUAAUCACAUUGUAGGAGGUAUACUUGUGUAUGGUAAUACUAAAUCUGUAUGUAUAACAUAGAUAAUCACAUUGUUGGAGGUAUACUUGAUAUGUAUGGUAAUACUAAAUCUGUAUGUAUGAUAUAAGUAAUCACAUUGUAGGAGAUAAACUUGUGUAUGGUAAUACUAAAUCUGUAUGUAUGAUAUAGAUAAUCACAUUGUAGGAGAUAUACUUGUGUAUGGUAAUACUAAAUCUGUAUGUAUGACAUAGGUAAUCAGGUGAUAUACUUGUUUUGUAUCUGUUUUAUGACUGUAUACAGUAGAUCGACAGGUAAGACAAUAGCUGGCAGUGUAGACACAAAAUCAGUUAAUACACACCUGUUGUACAAAGCAGUAAUUAUCUUUUGUCCAUCGUGAAAGAUUCUUUGAUGCUCAAGAUGUUUAAAAUGUCUAUUGCAAAAUACCAGUUUUACUCUUGCCUGCCUUCUGUCUGGUGAAUUACUGUGCUUGAGAGAACUCGAGAAUGUUUAUGGUGUGAUUUACAGAGAGAUUGAUUGUGAACGUAGUCUCCCUACCAAUACGCCUCAAAAUCACUCUACAUAAGUUAUACAAUACCAAAUAAAAUCAGGAUAUUUUAAA